UGCAGCUGUUGGCGUUUAGCCGCUAGGCGCUGCAAAGCCUCGAAUAUUUUCUUUGUUUUUUCAUCGCACUUUUCUGAAAUCGAAAUUAAUUUUCACUUCGUGCCAGUUAAGAGCCGGCCGAUAAUCUCGCGUUCCAUCAGAUCGAAUCGAUUCGUUACACGCGCCGCAAUGUGCCCGAAACUCGGACUACUCGUUGUAGUUUUGCUGCUUUUUCAGUGCCUUGAAGCAAAGAAGAAAAGACCGACCGACAGUGCCGCACUGUCCACCUAUGUGGAAGACCUAAAAGCCGUCCUGCAGGACACUUGGGACGCGCUAAUUGAACUGGUUCCGGCAGCGCCCCAAGCCAAACACAAAAAGAAGAAAAAGGACAACAGUUGGAGCCUGAACGACUACGUGAAAUCAGCGACGAAGAAAUUCAAUCGUUUCUACAAGUCUUUGGGGGCGUUCCAGUUGGGCAGAACGAAGCAGCCCCAAAAAGACCUCAACAGCGACGACGUCUUUACUGUUGAGCUGUUUGCAGCCGAAGUGAUCGAACGCGCCACGUGGGGCUUUAUUAAUAUUGUGGAGAGUUUUGGACAAAAUGACUCGAGUUAGAGCACAGGCAAACGCGCAUUUCUUUAUCAUUCGUUCCGCUCGUCUGAUACGCAGAUUUACGGUAAAAGGCUCACCUGUUGGGCGUGGUUUGCGUUAACACUCGGCACUCUGGCAGGCGUGUGAUCCGUGGAACUGCCCUUAUCUUCGGCCUCCAACGACCAGGCGCAGACCGUCAGGAAACCUGCAGUUGUGCUUUGGCGCGACGAUAAUGGGAUUCUUAAUCUGGCAAAAUUAGUUAAGUUAGUCUAAGCUUUGCUCAAUUUUAAUUGCCUAAACUAAGAAGUCUAACCGUAAA